AUGGCCAUCCUACAUUUAGUCCUCUUCCGAUUCAAACCCGAGAUUUCUCAAGGCCGUCGGCAAGCCUUUCUUCAAGAGUUCAUGGCUCUUUCUCAAAAGUGCAAGGAUGAGUCAGAUAGGCUGUAUAUCAAAAGUAUACGAGGCGGAGUGGAAUGUACCCUAGAAGUGUCUUCGGAUUACAACCACAUCUUCAUGGUUGAAUUUGAAUCUCUGCAGGACCGCGAGUUCUAUAAGAAUGUGGAUCCUAUUCAUGCCGAGUUUGCUUCGCGAAUCAUCCCACUCCUGAGCUUGACGAUUCUGGCGGUGUCUGAGGAAAGUAACUUCGUCGGCUUAUAG